CUCUUCCUCUCUUCUCUUCCCAGUGUUGCCUGCUGCCUGCCUGUUGUCCGUUGCUGUUUACUGCCGCCUGGUGCUGCUAUCGUCGUUCUUUCAUUCGUUCUCUUAUAUCUAAUCGCUCGUUCACUCUCUCAUCCGCCAUGGACAUCUUUCCCACCGACUGCGACUUCUCGCCUUUCUCCCCACACCUCCUCCUCCUCCACUCGACCACAACCCCCCAGGACUGCGCCUGUCCAGACCUCCACUCCUCCCCCCAGCUCUUCUCCUACUGCGACCCAAAGUCCGUCGAGGUCCCCGCCUACCCUCACUCCCUCCUCGCUCCCACAUACUUCCUCGAUCCCCACCUCGCGCCCCAUCCCCCGCCUCCUCCUCCUCCUCCCCCCAUCGACACCGUCUUCGUCAAGCACGAUCACCUCCCCGCCGACAACCGCUCCGCCAGCCUCAUUUACAAGCGUGGACCCGCUCUCGUCCACCCCGCCUCUUUCUCCUCCUCCUCCGUCUCCAGCGACACCCUAGACUCAGACGACGAAGACACUCCCACCUCUGCAUCAUACCGUCAGCCUCCUCAUGUCCACCAAAACCAUCUCCACCAUCCCCAGCAGCAGCGCAGUGAUCUGCUCCACAGCUGCCCCACUCCCUCGCCAAUGUCGCCCUCUGCCUUUGAAAUGGACUACUCGAUCUCGUCCAUCUCCUCCUCGUCGUCCGCCGACUCGUUCGACUCGUUCGCGGCCUCUGCGUCCUCUCCGCUCUCGAGCUUCUCCCUCUCCUUCCCCGCCCCAUACGAGUACAUAGGCUCGACCUGCUCCUCUCCCGAUCUCUCCUCGUCCUCUCCCUCUUCCUUCGCAGCCGCCGCGCAUGGAUCAAUCUCAAUGGCCGCCUCGAUCUCGGCGCCGCCUCUUGCUCCCCAGCUGUCAAAAGCCGCGACCUUCACCUGUUCGAGCUCGGCUAUCUCAGCCGCAGCAACGACAGCCGCAGCCACGCCGAUGGCCAACUCGACCAGCUGUGGCUAUCCGUCGCCCUCGAAGCCGCUUCCGCGCGCACCAACAUAUGUGCAGCGACGGGGACGCAAGCCGAGUCUGGUCGAGGACCCGACCAAGGCGUUUGUGUGCGCGCACUGCAACCGCCGCUUCCGGCGCCACGAGCAUCUCAAGCGACACUUCCGCAGCCUGCACACGCGCGAGAAGCCGUUCAGAUGCGACAAGUGCUCAAAGAGCUUCUCGCGCUCCGACAACCUGACGCAGCAUAUCCGCACGCACGUGCGCGGGGGACGCAUUUAUGUCGGCAGCAAUGACGAUGACUGCGACGAUGGCGGAGACGAGACUGACUGCAACCCGCUCGAGGACGGCGGGUCUGACGAUGGAUCGUCGGACGAGGUCGAGGUCGAGCAGUCGUCGUCGUCGACCGGGCGUCGAGGCUCGGCAAGACGAUCAGCAAGUACAGGCGUCAGCAAGCGCACGCAGGCUGGUCGCCGUACGUCAAAACGGCUAGCCAAGUAAGCUAGCGGAUCUCCACUCAUUUUUUUCUCUAUUUUUUUUUUAUUUUUAUUUUAAUUUUUGCACAGGGUAUCGAUGCCGAUAUCCGCGAGAUUAACCAGUGAAGAGACUCGCAGCCGAUCGUUUUAAUGUAUAAAGUAUUUGCUUUUGACAAUUUGUUCUUCGACCAGACUGACUUUUUCACCACAUUUCCUUUUUCUUUCUUUUAUUUAUAUAUAUUGGGUUAUUUUUGUUAUCAGUGUCUAAAAUGCGAAAACAAGCGAGCAUUCGAAUAAGUCAGUCGUUCACUUAGAAGAGAGAAGAGAAGGAAGGAAAAGCAGAGAGAGGAGAGAAAAGAAGAGGUCGAGGAUUGGUUUGUGCGGAGUAUCACGGCGCAGAGGCGAGAGGAUAGUUUUUCUGAUUUUUUACUUUAGAUUUAUUGGUAUUGAUUUUGUGUGUAUUUUUUGAAUUUAUGUUAGUUGCUUAGAGUAACAAUAAGAAAUGAGCAGAUAGAAGUA